UACUCUCUUCAACCAUCUAAAAUGGGAAAGAAGUCCAAAACACAGUCCAAAGGGGAUGCCCAACCUCCGAGUGCGGGAUUGCUGAGCGGCAUUGCAAUCGACCCAACAUUGUCUUCGCUCUUCGCGAAAAGUUCGGGUCCCGUUCAAGCACCUGCUAUCAAAUAUGUCAAACCCUCAGCUCCCAAAUCAACAGAGAAGACCGAAGAAGAUGAAGAUAUCGACUCAGAGGAGGAACCAGCUGACUCAGAAGAUGAGGUGAUGGGAGAUGCAUCUGACGAGGAGGAACCGGCACCGGAGCCUCAAAGUCGCAAGCGCAAGCGCGGUGGUGCCGAGGAGGUUGAAGAAUCAUAUAUGCGCCGUCUUGCUAAGGAGGAAGAAAAAGACGACGAGAAGAGAAAGGCCGAACAAGCCAAGCGCCAAAAGCCCGCUGAAAAAGAAGAUGGCAGCGACGCUUCGGAAGACGACGAAAAAUCAGAGGCCGGCAGCAGUGAAGAUGAGGACGAGAGCAAGGCUCCCGUGCCCGUCCAUGAGAGUCUUGCCGGUGGUGCCAAUGCCAGUGCCAAAUCGAGCGAGGUUGAGAAGUCAAAUCGCACAGUGUUCUUGGGCAACGUCUCUACAAAGGCAAUCAAGUCCAAGUCAGACAAGAAGACCCUUCUUCGUCAUCUGGCUUCUUUCUGCUCAACUCUGCCCGAAUCAAGCGGUCCUCACAAGGUCGAGUCGAUCCGAUUCCGAUCCGUUCCAUUCGCCAGCGGUGGUGGAAUUCCCAAACGUGCCUCCUACGCUCGACGGGACAUCCUGGAUGAGACCACUCCCAGCACCAACGCUUACGCCGUUUACACUACUGCCCAGGCGGCUCGCAAGGCUCCUACUGCAUUAAACGGAACAAUCGUCUUGGACCGCCAUCUACGCGUUGACAGCAUUGCGCAUCCUGCUGCGAUCGACAAUAAGCGGUGCGUGUUUGUCGGUAACCUUGACUUUGUCGACCAGGAGAGUCCCGAGGACGAGAAUGGCAAAAAGAAAAAGGCCCGCGCUCCCGCUGAUAUCGAAGAGGGACUCUGGCGUGUCUUUAAUGAGAACACUGGCGAUACUAAAGAUAAGAAGGCCAAAAAGAAUGUGGAGUCUGUCCGUGUAGUUCGCGACAGCACUACCCGCGUCGGUAAGGGAUUUGCCUACGUACAAUUCUACGACGGCAACAGUGUUGAGCAGGCGAUUCUGCUCAACGAGAAAAAGUUCCCACCCCUUCUUCCUCGAAAAAUCCGCGUGACCCGUGCUAGGAAAAUGCCCAAGAAGCGCGAUGACUCUGGCGGCAAGAACCCCCGCAUGGCCGAGGCUCAGAAGACGCUUCAGGGUCGUGCAAGCAAGCUUCUUGGACGGGCUGGUGCUGCCAAGGUCAAGGAGCAAGGCAAGGGCAGCAUUGCUGGAAACGGAAUGGUGUUUGAAGGUCAUCGGGCCACUGAGGGUAGUUCGCGUGUCCUCAAAGUGAAGUCUAAGAAGAGCAAGGGCAGACCUAAGAACCGGAGUACCUACCGGGCUGCGGCUUACCGAGCCGCAGGUGGUCAGAAGCCUUGA